AGACAGCCCUGUGGCCCGCGGGGUCCUGAUGUUUCCCGGACAGGCACAUGCAGAGACAGCCCUGUGGGCUGCGGGGUCCUGAUGAUACUGUUCGUUCAUCGUUUGUCAAGAAAACGGAUUUAUUUAAGUUAAUAUCUACGUCACUGGAGCUGAAAGCAAAGUCAGGUGAGGCGUCCUCCUGGCCUCCAUCUUCUUCUUCUGUGGUGGAUCAUGGAGCUGGCGUACGUGUGUGAGUGGGAGAAACGUCCGAAGAGUACUCACUGUCCCUCCAUCCCGCUGGUCUGCUCCUGGUCCUGCAGGAACCUGGUGGCCUUCACCACCGACCUGAAGAACGACGAUGAUGACAAAGAUGUCAGUCACAUGAUCCACAUCAUCGACACGGAGCACCCCUGGGACGUCUACUCCAUCAACUCCGGACACGCUGAGGUCAUUUCCUGUCUGGAGUGGGACCAAUCAGGUUCGAGGCUGCUCUCUGCAGACGGUGACGGUCACAUCAAAUGUUGGUCGAUGUCUGAUCACCUGGUGAACAGCUGGGAGAGCGUUCUGUCCAGUUCUCUGGACGGAGAUCCCAUCGUGGCUCUGAGCUGGCUGCACAACGGCGUGAAGCUGGCGCUGCACGUCGAGAUGUCGGGUUCCACAAACUUUGGGGAGAAGUUCUCGCGGGUGAAGUUCUCUCCGUCUCUGACGCUGUUUGGCGGGAAGCCGAUGGAGGGCUGGCUGGCGGUGACGGUGAGCGGUCUGGUCACCGUGUCGCUGCUGAAGCCGGGCGGCGCUCUGCUGACGGCCAGCGAGAGUCUGUGCCGGCUGCGAGGACGCGUGGCGUUAGCCGACAUCGCCUUCACCGGAGGCGGGAACAUCGUGGUGGCGGCGACCGACGGCAGCAGCUCCUCGCCCGUUCAGUUCUACAAGGUGGUGGUGAGCGUGGUGAGCGAGAAGUGUCGCAUCGAUACCGAACUGUUACCGUCUCUGUUCCUGCGCUGCACCACCGACCCGCUGAGGAGAGAAAAGUACCCCGCAGUCACACACCUCAAGUUCCUGACCCGGGAGAACUCUGAACAGGUUUUGCUGUGCGCGUCCAAUCAGAGCGGCAGCAUCGUGGAGUGCUGGUCUCUGAGGAAGGAGGGACUUCCUGUCAACAACAUCUUCCAACAUCGAUCACCAGUCGUGGGGGAGAAGCAGCCGACCAUCCUGAAGUGGAGGAUCCUGACGACCACCAACGAUCUGGAGCGAGUGUCGGCCGUCGCUCUGCCCAAACUGCCGAUCUCCAUCUCCAACACCGACCUGAAGGUGGCGUCAGACACCAAGUUCUGCCCCGGACUCGGUCUGGCUCUGGCUUUCCAUGACGGAAGUAUCCAGAUCCUGCACCGCCUGUCCCUCCACACGAUGGGGGUUUUCUACGGCUCCUCGUCCUCCUCUGGACCCGGCCAGCGACCCGGAGACGAGUCCGCCAUUAAACGCCAAAGAACCGGAGGCCCCGCCCUCCACUUCAAGGCCCUGCAGUUCUCCUGGACGUCACUGGCUCUGGCUGGAGUCGACAACCACGGCAAGCUCCACAUGCUGCGAGUGUCGCCCUCUAUGGGUCAGGUGCUGGAGAUGAACACCACGCUGCGCCACCUGCUGUUCCUGCUGGAGUACUGCAUGGUGACGGGCUACGACUGGUGGGACGUCCUGCUGCACGUCCAGCCCACCAUGGUCCACAACCUGGUGGAGAAGCUGCACGAGGAGUACAUGAGGCAGAACCAGGCGCUGCAGCAGGUUCUGGCGACGCGCAUCGUGGCGGUGAAGGCGUCUCUGUGUAAACUGUCGACUGCGACGGCGGCUCGAGCCUGUGACUUCCACGCCAAACUGCUGCUGAUCGCCAUCAGCUCCACCUUAAAGUCUCUGCUGAGGCCACACGUCCUCAACACGCCCGACAAAAGUCCAGGUGACCGACUGACCGAGAUCUGCGCCAAGAACACCGACACAGAUAUUGAUAAGGUGAUGAUAAAUCUGAAGACGGAGGAGUUUGUGUUGGACGGUCCUCCCCUGCAGUCCCUGCAGCAGCUCAUCCAAUGGGUGGGAGACUUCGUCCUCUACCUGCUGGCCAACCUGCCCAACCAGGGCUCCAUGGUCCGGCCGGGGUUUGGCUUCAUGAGGGACGGAGCGUCUCUGGGGAUGCUAAGGGAGAUGCUGGUGAUGAUCCGGAUCUGGGGUCUGCUGAAGCCCGGCUGCCUGCCCACCUUCACCGCCACGUCGGACAACCAGGAUAGCAUGCAGCUGCUGUUCAGACUGCUGACCAAGCUGUGGCUCUGCUCGCGGGAGGACGGCCCCCCUCAGGACCCUGAUGAGAGUCUGAUAGACGAGUGCUGCCUGCUGCCCAGUCAGCUGCUGGUUCCCAGUAUGGACUGGCUCCCAGUGAACGAUGGCGUCAUCGUGAAGCUGCAGGGAAAACAUCCGCUCAGACUGCAGUUUGGAAAAGCUUCGUCUCUGCCCGGCGUCGGCUCCACCGCCCCGCUGGAGGUUUUCACCAGGAGUCCAGGCUCUCAGAAGAUGGAUAACCUGCGUUGUGUUCAUAUGGGCGUCUGUCCCACUGAGGAGAGCAAAGCCUGCACCAGGUGCGGCUGCGUGACGAUGCUUCGAUCUCCCAACAAAACCAACGCCAUGAAGCAGUGGGAGCAGCGCUGGAUCAAGAACUGUCUGUGUGGAGGUCUGUGGAGGAGGAUCCCCCCCAUCCUCACCUGAACACACCUGAACACACACACACACACACACACACACACACCUGAACACACACAC